AUGGACGGCCUAAUGCAUGCCUUAUCCAGUCUUGCCUCUGCAGCCCUACAGGCCACAUCAGCGGACUCUGUUCUGCCUCGACUCCUCGGCUCUCAACGAGCUGAUGCUUCAAUGGUUGGUGCAUCGCGAUGGACUGAUCGGACAACCAACCAACCUCCUGGUCUGAAUUGGCAUCGUAGGUGCAGCUUCCGGGAUGACGGCGGUCUUGCAGAGGCCCUGGCAAGCGUGGGCGACGUCAUUCAAAUCUGCUUGCAUUUGGACCGCUGGAUUGAUACUGCCUAUCAUGCAUUAUCACUGGCCAGCCUUUUGGCGACAGGUAAUUGGACAUUUAAACUGCCUACGGAUCGAUAG